AGCCCAGCCGGGGAGCUGCGAGCGAGCCGGCAGCGCUGGGGAGAGCGAGCCCUGGGCCCUGCUCCCGGCCCGCCGCCUCCCGCCCCGACGGCGAGGGACGGCCCCGCCAUGGGCACGGCGUCCCGCGUCAGUCCCGCGAGGGUCGGCGGCUGCGGGAGGGCUGCGGGCUCGGGGUGGUUCUGUGAAGGCAGAGAAGAUGCCAGAAGGGGAGAAGACGAGGCAGUGCAAGCAGGAAACGGAGCAGCAGCAGAAGGAAGAUGAGAGGGAGGGCCUCAUCGAAUUCUAUGGCUCCUACCAGGAGCUGUUCCAGUUCUUCUGUAGCAACACGACCAUCCACGGAGCUAUUCGCCUGGUGUGCUCUAAAAAGAACAAGAUGAAGACGGCCUUCUGGUCUGUCCUCUUCAUUCUCACCUUCGGCUUAAUGUACUGGCAGUUUGGAAUCCUCUACAGGGAGUACUUCAGCUACCCUGUCAACCUCAACCUCAACCUAAACUCGGAUAGGCUGACUUUCCCUGCAGUGACGCUGUGCACACUCAACCCAUACAGGUACAGUGCCAUUCGGAAGAAGCUGGACGAACUGGACCAAAUCACACAUCAGACACUGUUGGACCUUUAUGACUAUAACAUGUCCCUGGCACGAAGUGACGGGUCAGCACAGUUCUCACAUAGGCGCACCUCGAGGAGCCUGCUCCAUCAUGUUCAGCGCCAUCCUCUGCGGAGGCAGAAGCGGGAUAACUUGGUCAGCUUGCCAGAAAACAGUCCCUCGGUGGACAAGAACGACUGGAAAAUUGGCUUUGUUCUGUGCAGUGAAAACAACGAGGAUUGUUUCCAUCAGACGUACUCCUCAGGGGUGGAUGCAGUGCGGGAAUGGUACAGCUUUCACUACAUCAAUAUCCUGGCACAGAUGCCUGAUGCCAAAGACCUGGAUGAGUCUGACUUUGAGAAUUUUAUUUAUGCUUGCCGCUUCAAUGAAGCAACAUGUGACAAGGCGAAUUACACUCACUUCCACCAUCCCUUGUAUGGGAACUGCUACACCUUCAAUGACAAUAGCAGCAGCCUGUGGACAUCCUCUCUGCCUGGGAUCAAUAAUGGCCUCUCUCUGGUGGUGCGCACCGAGCAGAAUGAUUUCAUCCCUCUGUUGUCAACGGUAACUGGAGCCAGGGUCAUGGUCCACGAUCAGAAUGAGCCAGCCUUCAUGGAUGAUGGGGGUUUCAAUGUGCGUCCAGGUAUUGAGACCUCCAUCAGCAUGAGGAAGGAGAUGACUGAGCGUCUUGGGGGCAGUUACAGCGACUGUACAGAGGAUGGCAGCGAUGUGCCAGUGCAAAAUCUGUACUCAUCUCGCUACACUGAACAGGUCUGCAUUCGUUCCUGCUUUCAGCUCAACAUGGUAAAGCGCUGCUCCUGUGCCUAUUACUUUUAUCCCUUACCUGAUGGAGCAGAGUAUUGUGACUACACAAAGCACGUAGCUUGGGGCUACUGCUAUUACAAACUCCUUGCUGAAUUCAAAGCUGAUGUGCUGGGCUGCUUCCACAAAUGUCGGAAACCUUGCAAAAUGACAGAAUACCAGCUCUCAGCUGGAUACUCUCGCUGGCCUUCUGCUGUCUCAGAGGAUUGGGUUUUUUACAUGCUUUCACAACAGAACAAAUACAAUAUAACAUCCAAGAGGAAUGGAGUUGCAAAAGUGAAUAUCUUUUUUGAGGAAUGGAACUACAAGACCAAUGGGGAGUCACCAGCCUUUACAGUAGUGACCCUCUUGUCUCAGCUUGGGAAUCAGUGGAGUCUCUGGUUUGGAUCCUCUGUCCUAUCAGUGAUGGAGCUUGCUGAGCUGAUUCUGGAUUUCACUGUCAUCACUUUCAUCCUGGCCUUCCGCUGGUUCCGCUCCAAGCAGUGGCACUCCUCCCCUGCGCCCCCUCCAAACAGCCAUGAUAACACUGCUUUCCAAGAUGAGGCAUCAGGACUUGAUGCACCACACCGCUUCACUGUUGAGGCUGUAGUGACCACACUGCCAUCUUACAACAGCCUGGAACCAUGCGGACCAAGCAAGGAUGGUGAGACAGGACUUGAGUGAGGCAGAGGUUUAUUCCACAAUUCAGUUAGAUGGCAGUCAGACCAGAAGCUGUGUACUUUCUCUGUGGGACCUUUCUUUUUGGGAUGCUCUGCCUCGAUCAUAGCAGAAGACUGUAUUGUGGUUAAUUGCUUUUACUAUCAUAUGUGAAUCCUUCAGUCUUGUAAAACACUAUUGCUCUUGGGAUCACCAGGGAUGAGAGUCAAUCUAGUGUCUGCAAAGGGGAGAGGUCAACUUGGCUUCCUUAUAGUCUUUACAUGUGCACUUUUUUUUUCCUCUGCAACAAAGAUGCUGCUACAGUUCUCAUCUGUUGUUAAUUAAAGAGGUUUGGCAGGUGUGACUGGCCUUCUCAGAAGUAUGACAAGGGACCAAAAUGGAGUCUCAGCAGGGAUGUAAGUCACGAGGCUGAGCCUUAAACUUCCCCUAAGGUUGGAAACUGUUUGCUCUUUCCUACUUCUUAACAGCCAGCUCUGAUCUUCAGACCAAGCUGCACACCCCCUCUUCUCUCAGAGGAGAGGCUGCUGGCAGUCUCAAUCCAUGUGAUUCACAAUAGUCAAGGGAGGUGGCUGAAGCUUGUAGCUGUUCUUGUAGCUUGUUCCAUGACAAAAAGCAGCCCAUAGCACAUUGGUAGAGCUUUGCUGUGUAACAAUCUCCUUCCCUGUGAUAUACCAUACAUUCAGCCAUUUGUUUGCCAGAGGGUUCAGGGUGAACUGAACUCAACCCAGAGUGGGCCCUCUUACUCUGCUAAGGAUUAUGAAACAGAACUGCUGCAGGCUUUUAUCUAAGAUGCUUUCAGGGAAAGUUGUGGCCUGAUCAAAAGAUAAUAGAUUGUUACCUCUAGAAGAGGACCCUCUCCUCAGUGUAAAGAACAAUUUGGGGAUCUCAGCCUAACAGCAUACACCUUCUCUCUUGCAGAAAGCUUGUCUUUUUUUUCUUAAAAAAAAAAAAGUCUGCUGCAUCUGCUGGCAGUGGUGUUUAUACAGCACUUUACACGAUGUCAAAGAGAGCAAGGGUGAUGUCCUUAACAGACAGGAGUGAAUAUCCACUUCAUUGGACACAGAUACCAGAAUUAAAGCAUAUAGUUUAGGCAGAUCCAUGUACAUACCGAUACUUCAAACAGCCUCCUCUUUUGAAUUCAGAAAUUAGUCAGACAACAAAGAGAAACUUAAGAUACUUCAAAAAUUUAAGGUAGGUGCCCCACUCCUGGAAACCUGCAGAAUUUUACAAGUGUGUAUUGUUGCCUAACUCUCCCCUUUGAUAUGUUAAACAUGCCUGUUGUACUACUUGUUACCUUGAUACCUAAGUGCAUUUUCCACUUCCUAACAGUGAUUUUAUUCCUCGCAGACAUGAACACUAAACUCAAGUCUUAGUUUUCCAAA